GUGUUGUUUAUGCCAGAACAUAGUAAGCAAGGCAAAUUAACUCCAGCCUCGUGUAAACUUUUAAUUGGCCAGCACAAUGCAAUUGAGUAUGAAUUCCAGGUGGCUUUGGAAAUGAAAGAGAACUGAGCUCUCUGGCUGGAAGCUGAACGUGAUGACGGCCUGGUCUAUGGUAGGGAAGCUGAAAAUGGAGAAGAGGCACUCCAGAGAAGACAGAAAUGUGGAACAAGAUGCUGGGGAAUGCAGUGCUGAAUCUGAGGAAUGGACGAGCUCAGAAAGUGAACCUGAGCAACCAUACUUCAGAAGCAGCUGUAGCAAUACUCAGUGGAGAGAAAAGGAGGUUUCCACUAAACCACAUCGGCCGCUCUGUCGGUCCCCUUGUUUGGAUCGCCCAAGUUUUUCACAGAGCAGUAUCACACAAGACUUGAAGCUAGACGAAUGCAAAACAAAUUUGGACAAGGAAUACCAAGCUAAAAUGGAUUUUGCUUUAAAGCUUGGGUAUGCAGGAGAUCAGAUCCAGGCUGUACUGAAUAAAUUGGGAGCAGAUGCCCUCAUCAAUGAUGUUCUGGCAGAGCUUGUGAGACUUGGCAACAAAAGUGAAUCAGAGGGACAAAGCAGUGCCAGCAGUACCACUAGUACUCUGGUGCCAAGAGGCCCUUGCCCAAAGGAAAUAGCAAGCCCUGAAUUGUCACUUGAAGAUGAAGUUGUGGAUAACAGUGAUAACUUGAGGCCAAUUGUCAUUGAUGGAAGCAAUGUGGCUAUGAGCCAUGGGAAUAAAGAAGGAUUUUCCUGUCGGGGAAUUCAACUAGCUGUUGACUGGUUCCUGGAAAAAGGACAUAAAGAUAUCACUGUGUUUGUACCUGCGUGGAGAAAAGAACAGUCUCGACCUGAUGCACCAAUUACAGAUCAAGAAAUCUUACGUAAAUUGGAGAAAGAAAAAAUUCUUGUUUUCACCCCAUCUCGAAGAGUUCAGGGUAGAAGAGUAGUUUGCUAUGACGAUCGAUUCAUAGUAAAACUUGCUUUCGACUCAGAUGGCAUCAUUGUAUCAAAUGACAACUAUCGGGAUCUUCAAAAUGAAAAACCAGAAUGGAAGAAGUUCAUAGAGGAGCGGCUGCUAAUGUAUUCUUUUGUGAAUGACAAAUUUAUGCCUCCUGAUGAUCCUUUAGGACGCCAUGGUCCAAGCCUUGAAAAUUUCUUAAGGAAAAGGCCAGUUAUUCCUGAACAUAAGAAACAACCGUGUCCUUAUGGUAAAAAGUGCACCUAUGGGCACAAAUGUAAAUAUUACCACCCAGAACGGGCAAACCAGCCUCAAAGGUCAGUAGCGGAUGAGCUUCGAAUAAGUGCCAAAUUAUCUGCUGUGAAAACUAUGAGUGAGGGAGCCUUGGCCAAAUGUGGCACAGGGCCAUCCAGCUCCAAAGGAGAAAUCAGUUCUGAAGUGAAACGCAUUGCCCCAAAACGUCAGUCAGAUCCAAGCAUUAGAUCAGUAGCUGUGGAGCCUGAGGAAAAGUUAUCAGUAGCCCGGAAGUCCGAGGCCAGCUCUGUCCCGUCUCUGGUUUCUGCAUUAAGUGUACCAACGCUCCCUCCACCAAAAAGCCAUGCAGCCGGUGCAUUAAAUACUCGUUCCGCAAGCAGUCCGGUGCCAGGUUCCUCACAGUUCAUGCAUCAGAAAUCCUCACUGGAACAUAUGUCCAGUGUGCAAUAUCCUCCUAUACUAGUCACCAAUAGCCAUGGCACCUCAGUUAGCUAUACUGACCAGUAUCCCAAAUAUGAGUCAUUGGGGGACCAUGGCUAUUAUUCCUUACUCAGUGAUUUCUCCAACUUGAGCAUAAGUAGUAUCCGUAACACAGAUUAUUACGGGGCUGAUAUGGACCAGGGGAUGUAUUCUAGAAACUCAAGCCCCUGUCCUGACAAUUGCUUAAGCCAUACAAGUAAUGAUUCUUAUUCCUCUUACAAUGACUUGUAUCUGGGUGUAGCAGAUGCCAGUCCAGAAGACAAUGUGAAGAUCCACAGACUGCCAUCGCAAAAUCGUCUUCAGCCUUUUUCCCAUGGUUACCAUGAAGCCUUAAAUAGAGUUCAGAGUUACGGAACUGAAGAGCCUAAGCAAUCCCUUCGCAAACAGUCAGUUUCCCACUUAGGCCUACAUGCCCAGCAUCCAGUUGUUGGAGCACGGUCCAGUUGUCCAGGAGAAUACUCUGUGCCUCAACAUGUUCAUCCAUCAGCUGCACAACCAAGCCGUGCCUUGGUCAUGACAAGAAUGGACAGUAUUUCUGACUCACGGCUUUAUGAAAGUAACCCUACAAGGCAGAGAAGACCACCUCUCUGUCGAGAGCAGCAUGCUAGUUGGGAUCCAUUACCAUGUGCGUCAGACUCUUACACUUACCACUCGUAUCCACUGAGUAACAACCUCAUGCAGCCAUGUUACGAACCCGUAAUGGUAAGAAGCAUGCCUGAGAAGAUGGAGCAACUCUGGAGGAAUCCCUGGAUUGGGAUAUGCGGUGAGCCACGGGAACCUCAUAUCAUCCCAGAACAUCAGUAUCAAACAUACAAGAACCUCUGCAAUAUUUUCCCUCCAAGCAUUGUCCUCUCUGUGAUGGAAAAGAAUCCCCACAUGACAGAUGCACAACAGCUGGCAGCUAUGAUUGUUGCCAAAUUAAGAACAGGGCGUUAAAGCAUUACAGCCUCUUUUGGAUAAAUGAAACUAUACGGCAUAUAGGACCUGGAGGAAAACCUAAAUGAAGAAGGAAGGGGCCAAUCUAUUGUAAAUAUUUUCUACUAAGAGUAGAAAAUUCUGUACACAGUAGCAAUCAUAUAUACGCUGAGGCACUAUAUAAGAGUUGAUUGUAUUGUAAAUUUUAAGAUUUUAAAUAUAGGGAUUUUUAAUAGUAUUUUAUAGGAAAUGCAUACCUUGCUGCAUGGAUAGCUCAUUGAGAACUACAAUGUCACGUUCAGUGUCUCAAAGCUGUUACUACAAAGUUAUUGUUAGCAAUUAUAUUGCAUGUAUUAGUGUACACUUUCAAUUUGCUUAUAAAUACCUAAUCGGCUUUUAAAAGUAUGCUCUAUACACACCCAGAUGACUUUUAGUGUUUCAGCUUUGUCAUUUGACACUGCCUACUGGCAUAUUAAAUAUUGAAGAAAAAGUAACCUUGACAAAAAUUAAAACACUCAAUUUG